AUGGACCCAUACUCUGAAAAAGGUCUCGAAGAAAAAAUCGCCACAAUCCGAGCUACUCUAAGGCGUCUCGGAAACUCAUUAGAAGAAGAGGUAAUCUCUAUCCAAGGACUUCGACAAAGAAGAAAUUUCGCACUCAAAAUCCAGCCAAGACUCCUCAAUUUCAAAUUCUUUUAACAUCCCUGCCACAUUUGACGCUUUAAAAAACCACAUCCAAGAAUCCUACACCCCAGACGACCAUUGGGAGCCUACACAGCCAUUCGAAUACGAAAAAGAAAAAAAUAUUCUUCUCGACAAACAAUUAAAAGAAAAAGACCAAAAAAUCCAAGACUUGCUUUUCUUACAAAGCGAUCUAAAGGAUUCUAUUGAAAGAAAUACUGAAGACCUCAAAAGGUUUCAGGAAGAAAACCAUUCUUAUAGGCAGCAACUAGAAAAUUUAAACAACGAGAAUAAUGGUCUCAGGAGAAUUUUAGAUGAAAAAGACAUAGAAAUUGCGAGAAACAAGAAUGAGAUUGAAAAUAUGAAAAGGGAAAAAGAAAUGACAAGUAGAGAGCUUGAAAGGACAAAAAGACAAGCGGAAAAAGUAGAUGGGCUGCUUGAUGAAAUAACUAGGCUGAAAGAUUUAAAUGUAUUGCUGAAAUCUAAAGAUGAGACUAAAAAAGAGUCAGAUAAUGGCAAGCUUAUUAAUUCUUAUCAGCAGCAGCUAAAUGUGAGGGAUAGCCAAAUAAAUGAGCUGGAAAAAGAAAGGCUGAUGCUUUUAAAAGAAAUCGAUAGGAUUAAAGCAGAAAAAUCUCAAAGCCCGAGUAAGCUGUCAAGAGAUUUCAAUUAUUUAGAAGCCACACAAACUAGAGAAAGCACGUUAACUCAGCCUAUGACUGAUAGAACUCAAUCUGUAAGCUCUUUAUGCAGAGAUAUGAUGAAAAUUGUAGGUGUUUCGCAUAGAAAAGAUUUAUAUUCAAAAGUGGUGCAUCUUUAUCAAUUUCAUGAAAAAUUCAAAAAAGACAAAAAACUUUUAAAUAAUAAAUCUUUCUAUAAUAACUGCCUCAAUAAUUUUAAGGGUUAUUCCGAUUUUCUAGGUGAAAAUAGCAGAUUUUUUGGGUCAAAUUUAAUUAAAUAGAGCAUAUGACAAAGCUGAUAAUUGAUUGCUCUCCUCCAAAUACAUUCGAUAAAAGCCCAAAUGUCCAUCAAAUCUGGAAAUGGCUCACCUGUAUCCUUGAAGAAUAUAUGAAAAUCAGGCAGUCUCCUAACCAAAAAGUAAUCAAUGAAUUAUGUGAAAUUUUUUCAGCUGAAACGCAAAAUUUAGUUGAAAAAGUAAAGGAUGUUAUUGCAGAAAAUUAUAAACUCAAAAAAUCAAGGAGCCAGGACAGCCAGACUAAAGGAAGGAAAUUAAGCUAA